GAGAUUGUUCGCGUGCUUUUCCCACUCGGAAGGACGGAAAGAAGCUACGACGCCACACACUCGCUCUUCCUGCCACACCGGUGUCUUUACCCCAGUACGAAUUGAUAACACCAAAACCACCCACCAUCCAGAAAAGAAAAACCUACGUGAACGAUCGCUUUCCCGAAACCACCGCGCACUGCCAGCCGUGUAUUUCGCAUCCAGCCUCGCUCCAGCGCCAGUGUUGUUCUUUUGACUGCCAGGAAAAUUGCCUACGAGCGAUUUAGUGCCUCUGCACCCCCAAUCCGAACGAAUAAUCCAGUGCCCUGCAAAAUGUCGGCCUCACCGAUCGCACGCCAGGCUUGCGCCUCCAUCACCCAGGCCAUCCCGUCCAAGCGGGUGUUGAUCCACGAUCCGUCCGAUCUGCCGGAUCUCUACUCAUCCACACCCGGUGGCACCCUGUACUCGACCACUCCCGGAGGUACUCGUAUCGUGUAUGAGCGAACCUUCCUGAUGAAUCUGAAGAACUCCCCGCUGGCACGCACGCCUCCGAACAACGUGCCACUGAAUCUGCUGCGAUCAGGCGUCAGUCCGAAUGGAACAGGCGUGCAUACGAAGCCACUGUCGACCCUGUCGAUGAAGCCACAGAAGCCAUCGAACGCCCGGAACUCUCCGCCAAAGUACGACGAGCAUCAGGAACAGUUCGACAUGGACCUGUAAACAGUCAGCUACCCUAUAAGAGAAAGACAGAGAGAGAGAGAGAAGGGAGUGAGUGGAUCGUUAUGGCGGUGCAAGGAUCAUCCGUAGCAGCCUUUUGGAGCCCAUCGCAUCGAGAACACCAGGAAGAGGAGACCAAAAACAAAACAGCGGCGAUGGACAGUUUGUGGCUGACGAAGGACUGAUCCUUGCUCCUUUUCCGCUUUCUGCACACAAAGAGCAGUGGGAGGAGAGAGAUAUUAUUUACUUUCAUUUUGCUAUUUUUUUUUCUUGUUGACUUGUUGCGAGUGCGACGUGCACUUGGUGAAGAAGGGAACGAAUGUACGCGUUUUAAUUUUUGGAUAAUAUUAUUAGCAUCUCUGAAUAUUGUGAGCAGCCAGAGGCAGGUGGAGGUGGGAAGUGGUGGUGCAGUGGUUUCGUGCGAAAACGACGCAACACACUCCCGCUUUACUAACCGAUGCGCUAACAACUGCACCCAGAGAGAAUAGGCAUCUGCAUAAACCGUUGGAUGUAAACUUUAUAAGUUUAUCGCCAUCUCGGUAGUAAGAUUAACGUUCUAUGUUUUAGAGUAUGAUAGUUAAGUAAGCAAUCCUACACGUUUAGUUUGUGACAUUUCUAUGGGCCCGCAUCACCAGCCAAGGGAGCAAGGACGCAUCGUGUUAGGACACAUUAUUUUAUGCUUCGAUUGCAUUGGUAGGAGAGACACAAAAAAAAAGGGAAAUUUGGAGAUAGCUAUGUGGGAUUUCUACAAUGCGUUUAAGUUGCUUAGUGCGAGCAUUCAAACAUUCUCCUUACGAUUGUAACUUGUCGCAUACCGCUAGGGAUGCUUUGUGCAGUUGAGUCCUGUUUCGAGGAUUGGCAUUCUAAUCCAGUGAGAAGCACCAGAGAUAUGAAUAUGAUAGGAGAACGUGCUAGAUUUUCUACUCUCUUACCUUCGAAGAAACCCACUGGUGAUUUGAGGCUUCUGUGGAAGAUUUCGUUGACUGCUGCAAACUGACCCAUCCUCGGGAAUUACGGGAAAGGUCGAAAAGGAAUCUUUCAUAUUUCGUAUUGGUUAAGCCGGAAGUUUAAUUGUACUGACUUGUAUGAACCUAUGGAGAGAAAAAGAAAGAUAAAAUCUGUUCAGAACGCAUA